AUGAUGGAUCCCGCCAAGAUCAAAGCAAUUGAAGAAUGGAAGCCUCCCACCAAGGUGCCCGAAUUGCACUCAUUCUUAGGCCUUGUGAACUACUAUAGAAGAUUCAUCAAGGGCUAUUCCGCAAUAGCUGCCCCUCUCACCAACUUGCUCAAGAAGAAUCAAGCUUGGAAUUGGUCGAGAGAAUGCCAAGAUGCCUUCUUUUGCUCAAAUGGGCAUCCAAUUGCCUACGAAAGCCGCAAGCUCAAUGACACCGAAAGGCGCUAUACGGUCCAAGAGAAGGAGAUAACCGCAAUCGUCCAUUGCUUGCGCACAUGGAGACAUUACUUGUUGGGAAGCAAGUUCGUAGUCAUGACCGACAAUGUUGCCACUAGCUACUUCCAAUCACAAAAGAAGCUCACUCCCAAGCAAGCUCGAUGGCAAGACUUCUUGGCCGAGUUCGACUACAAGCUAGAAUACAAGCCUGGAAAAGCUAAUGUGGUAGCCGAUGCACUUAGUCGCAAAGCCGAACUUGCUGCCCUCGUUGCAAGAAGGCCUUUGGUGAAGAUAUCAGCUGGAAAUGAGAGCAAGAGCGAAGACCUAUGCGAAGCAAGCCCACACUGGGUUUGCCUUAGAAACUCUAAUGGAACAUCUGACUCAGCUAGGACUCUUCAAAGGUCCACUCCCGUGGCAUCCCUCUCUUGUGGCUCCGAAGCUUUUUUUCUUUCACAGUUUUUAACAGUACCUGCACCGAGCGAAGCUACUGUUACGAAACUGACUGAACGAAGCGAGUACUGGACUGGGCGAAGCUUAGUACAGAUAAGAGUGCCGCGAGUACCUAAGGACAGGAAGGCGAAGCACGCUAGCGCUCUCGGGGUAUCGCCCUCUACUUCUAACUUAGCAGCCAUAAUGGCGCUUAUAACUUUUAUGGGUUUCACAAACGAAGCUCCUGAUGCGAAGCUACUAGUUACGAAGCUAUUGGUUACGAAGCUACGAAGCUUACGGACCGAACCGAAGGAAGGGAAUUAG